GCGGGGCGGGCCGGCUGGCCCCAGUGUGCGCCCCUCUCUGGCCCCUGCUCUGGGCCCCAGCUCUGCGCCUCUCGGCUCUGCGCCCGCCGCCAAGCCCGCGCCCCCGGCCCCCUCCCGGCGCGGGGCGGGCAGGGGGUGUGGUGCGGCAGGCACGAGUGACAGCGCUCUCCACGCGCGGCGCCUCCACGGGGCGCAGUGUCAGCGCGCCGAGCCCGCCGCGCGCACCGCCCGCCGCGAGCCCUCCGAGCCGGCGGGACGAUGGCACCCGAGCCCGAGGCCGGCCGCUGACGGCGCCCCCGGCCCGGCGCCCCCGUCCCCCACCCCCCGCCGCCGCCGCCGCUGCCGCCGCCACCACGGAGACAAUGGACGCGGGAGCCGCCCCGCGGAAGCACAUGGAGCGAUGUAUGAGUGCCAUGCAGGCAGGGACGCAGAUGGUGAAGCUCCGCGGCAGCUCCAAGGGUCUGGUCCGCUUCUACUUCCUGGACGAGCACCGCUCCUGCAUCCGCUGGCGGCCGUCACGCAAGAACGAGAAGGCCAAGAUCUCCAUCGACUCCAUCCAGGAGGUGAGCGAGGGCCGGCAGUCUGAGAUCUUCCAGCGAUACCCCGACGGUAGCUUUGACCCCAACUGCUGCUUCAGCAUCUACCAUGGCAGCCACCGUGAGUCGCUGGACCUGGUCUCGCCCAGCGGUGACGAGGCGCGCACCUGGGUCACUGGCUUGCGCUACCUCAUGGCUGGCAUCAGCGACGAGGACAGCCUAGCCCGCCGCCAGCGCACCAGGGACCAGUGGCUGAAGCAGACGUUCGCCGAGGCCGACAAGAACGGCGACGGAAGCCUAAGCCUCGGUGAGGUCCUGCAGCUGCUGCACAAGCUGAACGUGAACCUGCCCCGGCACCGGGUGAAGCAGAUGUUCAAGGAAGCGGACACGGAUGACCAGCAGGGGACACUGGGCUUUGAGGAGUUCUGCGCCUUCUACAAGAUGAUGUCCACCCGCCGGGACCUCUACCUGCUCAUGCUGACCUACAGCAACCACAAGGACCACCUGGACGCCACUGACCUCCAGCACUUCCUGGAGGUGGAGCAGAAGAUGACAGGGGUGACGCUCGAGAGCUGCCGCAAUGUCAUCGAACAGUUUGAGCCCUGCCCAGAAAACAGGAAGAAGGGGGUGCUGGGCAUCGACGGCUUCACCAACUACACGCGGAGCCCGGCUGGCGACAUCUUCAACCCCGAGCACCACAGCGUGCACCAGGACAUGACCCGGCCGCUGAGCCACUACUUCAUCACCUCGUCCCACAACACCUACCUUGUGGGCGACCAGCUCAUGUCCCAGUCGCGAGUGGACAUGUACGCCUGGGUCCUGCAGGCUGGCUGCCGCUGCGUGGAGGUGGACUGCUGGGACGGGCCCGACGGGGAGCCCAUUGUGCACCAUGGCUACACUCUGACCUCCAAGAUCCUCUUCAAAGAUGUCGUUGAAACCAUUAACAAAUAUGCCUUCGUCAAGAAUGAGUACCCAGUGAUCCUGUCCAUCGAGAACCACUGCAGUGUCAUCCAGCAGAAGAAGAUGGCCCAGUAUCUGACUGACAUCCUCGGGGACAAGUUGGACUUGUCAUCAGUGAGCAGCGAGGAUGCCUCCAUGCUGCCCUCUCCACAGAUGCUCAAGGGCAAGAUCCUGGUGAAGGGCAAGAAGCUCCCAGCCAACAUCAGCGAGGAUGCUGAGGAGGGUGAAGUGUCUGAUGAGGACAGCGCAGACGAGAUCGACGACGACUGCAAGCUUCUCAACGGGGAUGCCUCCACCAAUCGGAAGCGCGUGGAAAACAUCGCCAAGAGGAAACUGGAUUCCCUAAUCAAGGAGUCGAAGAUUCGGGACUGUGAGGACCCCAACAACUUCACCGUGUCCACGCUGGCCCCGCCUGGGAAACUGAGGCACAAGGCAGCGGGCAAAAAGGCGGAGGAGGACUUGGAGUCUGGAGAGGACGCGGGAGCCAGCAGACGGAACAGCCGGCUGCUCAUGAGCAGCUUCUCUAAGCGCAAGAAAAAGAGCAGCAAGUUGAAGGCAGCGGCCAGCGUGGAGGAGGGGGAUGAGGACCUGGACUCCCUAGGCAGCCAGAGCCGAGGGGCAGCCCGGCAGAAGAAGACCGUGAAGCUGUCGCGGGCCCUCUCAGACCUGGUGAAGUACACCAAGUCCGUGGGCAGCCACGAUGUGGAGACGGAGGUGGCGUCGAGCUGGCAGGUGUCGUCCUUCAGCGAGACCAAGGCCCAGCAGAUCCUGCAGCAGAAGCCAGCGCAGUACCUACGCUUCAACCAGCACCAGCUGUCCCGCAUCUACCCCUCUUCCUACCGCGUCGACUCCAGCAACUACAACCCGCAGCCCUUCUGGAAUGCCGGCUGCCAGAUGGUCGCCCUGAACUACCAGUCAGAGGGGCGGAUGCUGCAGCUGAACCGCGCUAAGUUCAGCGCCAACGGCAGCUGUGGCUACGUGCUCAAACCCCAGUGCAUGUGCCAGGCUGUCUUCAACCCCAACUCCGAGGACCCGCUGCCUGGGCAGCUCAGGAAGCAGCUGGUGCUGCGGAUCAUCAGCGGGCAGCAGCUCCCCAAGCCACGAGACUCGAUGCUGGGGGACCGAGGGGAGAUCAUCGACCCCUUCGUGGAGGUGGAGGUCAUUGGGCUCCCCGUGGACUGCAGCAAGGAGCAGACCCGCGUGGUGGAUGACAACGGAUUCAACCCCAUGUGGGAGGAGACCCUGGUGUUCACGGUGCAUAUGCCAGAGAUUGCGCUGGUGCGCUUCCUCGUCUGGGACCACGACCCCAUCGGGCGCGACUUCAUCGGCCAGAGGACACUGGCCUUCAGCAGCAUGAUGCCAGGCUAUCGGCACGUGUACCUGGAGGGGAUGGAAGAGGCCUCCAUCUUUGUCCACGUGGCCGUCAGUGACAUCAGUGGUAAGGUCAAGCCGGCUCUGGGCCUAAAAGGCCUGUUCCUCCGAGGCCCAAAGCCCGGUUCCCUGGACAGUCAUGCUGCUGGGCGGCCCCUGCCCCGGCCCUCCGUUAGCCAGCGGCUCCUGCGGCGCACCGCCAGUGCCCCAACCAAGAGCCAGAAGCCCGGCCACAAGGCUUUCCCAGAGCUGGUCCUGGGCACACAGGAUGCAGGCUCUGAGGGGGAGGCCCGUGACGUGGCACCCCCCAGCCCUGGCCCCGCUGAGGAGGCCCUGGCCCCGGAGGAGCCCUGCAGCUGCAGCCCCCGAGACACCUGCCUCUUCUCCACACAGAGGUCGGUCUCCUCCCUGUGCAGCCUGGAAACCAUUGCUGAGGAGCCAGUCCUGGGCCCCGGCCCCCCAGCCCUGGUGGCCGCCCCCCCAAGUCCCUACUCAGGGGCCCCCCAGUGCUCUGCAGGACCUGGCGCCAAAGCAGUGAACCCCCCAGGGGCAGCUCUGGGAGCUUCCAUGCUCCUCCAGCUCAGGACCGGGAGCCAUGGGGACACUGAGCCAGCCCCCGAAAGCAGGCGGCAGGCGUGCCAUGGUGGGGACCCCAAUGGAGCGUGCGAGGGGGGCCCCAGCUGCCAGAUGGACAGCAGGGGCCACCCCCGGGCCCUGGGCCAACUGCCCCUGGUCAGAAGGGCCAAGAGUGAGGGGCAGGUGCCCCCAGAGCCCCUGGGCGGAUGGUGGCCCCCGGCCGGGCCCUCCCCUGCCGUGUACUCAGACGCCACGGGCAGCGAUCGGCUAUGGCAGCGGCUGGAGCCAGGCCACCACCGGGACAGCAUGUCCUCAUCCUCCAGCAUGUCAUCCAGUGACACGGUCAUUGACCUCUCCCUGCAGGGCCUGGGCCUGGGCCGCGAGAGCCUCACGGGAGGCUCGGCCGGACGCCUGCCCUUGUGGCCCUGCUCAGCCUCGGCCGUCCAUCUAGACCUGCCCGCUGUGACCAAGAGCAAAUCCAACCCCAACCUGAGGGCUGCGGGCCAGCUGCCUGCAGUGCCUGAUGAGCUGCGGCCCCGCCCCCUGGCCCCAUGGCCACCCUGGGACCGCCUCCCCCUGGCAGGCCUCAGGGACUGCCCCGUGGCUGCCAAGUCCAAGAGCCUGGGAGACCUGACAGCCGACGACUUCGCCCCGCGUGCUGAGAGCCUGGGCCACAGCCUAGGCCGCCGCCUGGCCCUGGCAGGGCAGGGGCCGGCGGGGCGGGUGGGGCGGCGGGACGCCCUGACGGAGCAGCUGCGUUGGCUCACGGGGUUCCAGCAGGCCGGUGACAUCACGUCACCCACCAGCCUGGGACCAGCUGGGGAGGGGAUGGCGGGGGGCCCGGGCUUCCUGCGACGCUCCUCCUCCCGCAGCCAGAGCCGCGUGCGCGCCAUUGCCAGCCGUGCCCGCCAGGCCCAGGAGCGGCAGCAGCGGCUGCAGGGCCCACGGGGACCCCCAGAGGAGGAGCGGGGGACCCCCGAGGGCGCCUGCUCCGUGGGCCAAGAGGGCUGUGGGGACGCACUGGCCCCCUCCAAGGGCGCCAUGGACCAGCCCACCGGCCUCCUGCUCAGACUCUGACCCAGCGUCCGCGGGGGACGUCAGUGGCCUCCCCUCAGCUGGGCCGGCCGGGCGGGGUCCGGUGUUUGCUCAGGGCCGCGUGAGCUUGUCCCCACAGCUGCCUCGCCUGCCCUGGGCGUGGCUGGGUGCUCC